UCCUGCUCCCGAAAAAGCGAUGCUGGUCACCGUUUCUGCGCGCCGAGGGAUCGCCCAGAAACCACUUUCGCCCUCGAUGUCCCGGAGCUGGAGCUGAGAGACUUUGUAGCACUUUGUGAACUGGAAUCAGGAAUCCCGGCUGGAGAAAUCCAGAUCACAUAUGUAGAACAGCCCCUAAAAGACCCCACUCGUGCCUUGGGGACCUAUGGUGUUAAGGAUGGAGAUGUGGUGGUUCUCCGGCAAGCGGACAGAAGGCCACCACCGACUCAGCCAGCCUUCCCAGGUCUUCCCCAUAUUGACUUUCGUUCCAUCACAGUUCCAAGCACCUCUUCUUCGACCAGUCAACGUGGUGCCAUAAGGCCGCAGCAACAGGCUUCACAGCAGCAGCCGCAGCCGCAGCCGCAGCCGCCACCGCAGCAGUCGCAGCCGCCGCCGCAGCGCGCCCCACAGCCUUCCACGCCAAUGGCCUUCCGUGGCUCCUCUCCUCAGGGGUUGGACGAUCCCGCCUUACUUCAGCAGAUGCUUUUAUCCAACCCGCAUGAGCUUUCACUCCUCAAGGAGAGAAACCCUCCGCUUGCUGAGGCCCUGCUGAGCGGAGACUUAGAGCGUUUCACCAAAGUGCUGCUGGAGCAACAGCAGGAUCGAGCCAGAAGGGAGCAAGAGAGGAUCAGACUGCUGACUGCUGAUCCUUUUGAUUUGGAAGCCCGCAAAAUUGAAGAGGACAUCAGGCAGCACAAUGUGGAAGAAAACAUGACCAUUGCAAUGGAGGAGGCCCCAGAAAGCUUUGGACAGGUGGUUAUGCUGUACAUUAACUGCAAAGUCAAUGGCCACCCUGUGAAAGCUUUUGUUGACUCAGGAGCCCAGAUGACCAUCAUGAGCCAAGCGUGUGCAGAGCGUUGUAACAUCAUGCGACUGGUGGACCGACGCUGGGCUGGGAUCGCCAAAGGAGUGGGAACCCAGAAGAUCAUUGGCAGAGUUCAUUUGGCUCAGGUCCAGAUAGAGGGAGAUUUCCUUCCUUGUUCUUUCUCCAUCUUGGAGGACCAGCCAAUGGACAUGCUGCUUGGCCUGGACAUGCUGAAGAGACACCAGUGUUCAAUCGACCUGAAGAAAAGCGUGCUCCUAAUAGGAACUACGGGCACUGAAACUCGCUUCCUUUCUGAGGCGGAGCUGCCAGAGUGUGCCCGACUAGCGUACGGAGCAGAGGGCCGCGGAGAAACUCGUCCAGAUGAGAUAGCCGACAGAGAACUGGCGGAGGCACUGCAGAGGUCCAUACAGGAAAGUGACACUGCAGAUGGACAAACUACCUCACCGCAGCCCCCACCAUUUACAUUACCCAGAACCUUAGACCAAAUGUCCUCACCUGCCUCCCCUGCCCAAAGCCCUUCCUCUGGUCAACCCCUGAGUUCGACUCUGGAUCGCUCUCAGUCUGCUCCGGCCGCCAUGGAGCAGGCCUCAGCUCUCGGGCAGUGUCAGGCCCAACCUGGCUUCCAGGAGCUUCCUCAGCCUUCAUCCUCAGCAGAGGAUGCAGCUUCUACACCUCACCCUGUCCACCUUCACCCUCUGCCUCUCCAUAGUAACUCCAAAGUGCCCCCUCUACCCAGUCCCUCAACAGAUGUCAUCCAAACAUGUACCCCUCCUGCAGACAUGACCACAGUAUCCCAGGAUCCAGGGGGUGAGGUACAACCUGGAGAUGCGGAGGAGGAUGCUGAAUCAGAUGAAGUGGUGAACAGCUCCAUGUGCUCCCAUCCAGAGCUGCUUUCCCCCAUUCAGCCCAUGGAGCAGGAGGCGACCGAGUCUGAUGCAGCUGAUACCACAGAAGCCUGUCCAGGUGCUCUCAGCCAACCCGACUCGGUUGAAAUGGAGUCUCCAACUGCUUCCCACGGUGUGGUGUCCUCUGAGAGGGACCAGCCUGAUGGAGAGCGCUGCUCCAGCUCUGACAGCAUCCCCUCGCUGGCAGCUGCUCUGAUGGAGCUCCAUGAACUGCUGGUAUCCAACAACCACGCUCAGUCCCAAAACCGCAGCUCCUCCUGCUCCCCGUCACAUCCGUUCAGGCAAGACACCGACAAGGCGUCCCCCGAGCCAUGCACCCCGACAUCCGAAAACCCCCGGCCUACCCCCUCUACUGCCAUCACAGCCGGUGCAGAACCAAGCGAUGCCAAAGCCAACUAUGCUGCUGCUGUGUCUGAUGAGGAACCAUCUAAGUGUCUUGUGCCCGACCUCUGUGGCCAGGAUGAUCAUCUGGGCAGGGAUGCAGCAGAGACUGUGGAGCGGCAAGGACCACUGCAGUGUCCAGAUGGCUCUGGGGAGAGGAGGGCAGAUAGAUACGGGCAGGAGGAGGCCAGUAACAUCAGCUUUUCUCAGCCUAAGCCAGAGGUUCCUCCUGAUCCUGCAGGGGACCUCGAGUUCAGGGAGCCUCCUGAAGGGCAGCAUGGGAGAGGGAUUGCAGACGGACAAGCCUCUGGCACCAACACCCCGGACACUCUCGGCCUCCAGACUGAGCACACUUUCCUCAGCCCUUUGUCGAUGGCAGUGGGCUCACCGGAGGAAGUUUCGAGCACCUCCUCUGUUCCUCCUCUUGCUCAGGCCCCCCAGCCUUCAUCUCCAGCCCAUCUUCUCCCUUCUCCAGCUCCCUUUAUAGAACAGUUUCCAGCUGAGCACAUCCAGAGAAUCCAGGCAGCAGGCUUUUCUGCCAGGGAGGCUGCAGAGGCGCUGGAACAAGCUCACGGGGUUGUGGAGCUGGCCUUGCUGGCACUUCUAGCCCGCAGUAUCACUGUGCCCACCUAGACUCAUAACCAAUCAUGUGAGUCCCCAGCCUCCCAACUCAGCAUCUGUCUUAUUUAUACCUUGUUACUGAUCCAGAUGUCUCAGCCCCUUUUUAGCAGGGAGCUCGUAAAAAGCCACAGGGAAAUGCUGUCUCUUGGUUUGUCGUACAGAAUAUUCAAGAACAAACAGGAUGACUGGUGAUACUUUUCUGGAUUAAAAAAAAAAAGAUAUGUGAGGUGUGUUUGCAUGCAGAUAUUUUGGGUGCCCACCCGUUUCAUUGGUUUUUAGAAAUUUGGUAUCAUAGAUUGAUUUUUUUUUUUCUUGUUUUGUCAUUAAACAUUGACAAAUGUAUGAUUGAAAAUUUGAAUCAUUAAAUAUUAUAAUUUCCCCUUUGAUAUGUCAUAGAACUAUUGUUGUAUACAAGUUUAAUUUGUCAGUCGUCAAUAAAACAAUCUUGAAGCGGAGCAGUGCUGCAGCUGCUCCCUCCACCAGAACAGCGCUUUCUGGUGAACUUCGCUCAUUCAGCACAAAUAUGAGUAGUAAACCCUCAUGUCGAUUUUUUUUUUUUUUUUUAAAUGUUUGUAGCUCCUUCAACUUUAAAAUCAAAUCCCAAUGAUGGAAAAGCAGUAUUGUGAGAACUGCAGUUUAUAGGGGUUGAUCAUUUUUGAUCAAGUUUACAAAUUUCCACAUAUAAGUGGAAUCCCCUACCUUCAGUCAUUAUCACUCGAAAAUAUCAAGUGUGUUUGUUGAAGUAUGAUCAUAGACGGCAUUUUUUGAUUCAGUAUGUCUAAUACAGAAGGUAUAUUGUACUGUAUGUAUCAUUCUUCACACUUUGAAAGCUUUGCCAUGUGUAGAUUACAAAACUGUUUGUAGCUCCUGUUCCGAAAGUCCUUUAUUUUGUGUCAAAUCAUCAUAGUGUGUGUUCAUACUUAAGAACAUCCAUUUUUCUUUUGUAAUCUGUUAGGAUACGGCCAUUCACGGCUGUCAGAUGUUUUAUCAAUACGUCAUACAUCAUGAAUUUUAAUGGAUUUUUUUGAGUCAUAUACCAACAAUGUUCAGGCAGAUUGAAUUAUUUACUUUUAUCUUGUAUGGAAUUUUAAAUUGCAAAUAAAAUUCAACUAGGAUUUGUAUAAA